AUGGCCCCGUCGGUGGUUGGAGCUGACCCCAUUCAACAGAAGACUCCCUCCGCUACGCCCGACAGCAAAAGGGCAACCCCACCUCAGCUGCAAGUGCUUGGUAAAACCAAGGAUGGCAGGGAUCUGAAAAUCAGAAGCUAUCCCAAGUUUGAUACGCUCGAAGAGGAGAGAUUAUACCGCAAGCAACACUUGGCAGCCGCCUUCCGAGUCUUUGCAGACCGUGGCUUCGAUGAGGGUGUCGCGGGGCACAUUUCCGUUCGAGAUCCUAUUCUUACCGAUCAUUUUUGGAUUAACCCCCUUUCAGCUCACUUCUCCCUGAUCAAGGUAUCUGAUCUGAUCUUGGUAGACGAGGAUGGUCUAGUCGUAGAAGGCGACGAGCCCAUUAAUGCCCCAGCAUUUGCGAUCCACUCUGAGAUUCACAAGGCUAGACCCGAUGUUCAUGCGGCGUGCCACGCCCAUAGUGUUGCUGGCAAGGCAUUUGCGGCCUUUGGUCGGGAGCUCGAUAUGAUAACGCAAGAUUCACUCCGCUUUUAUAAGAGCCACGGUGUAUACCGCGAUUUCAGGGGUGUCAUUCUGGAUCGAGAAGAGGGACAGCGCAUAGCCAAGGCUCUGGGUCAGGGCAAAGCUGCUAUUCUCCAGAAUCAUGGCUUACUGACCGUAGGUCAGAGUGUUGAUGAGGCAGCAUUCUGGUUCAUGAGUCUCGACAAGACGUGCCAUGCGCAGCUAUUAGCGGAUGCAGCCUCUGCAGCUGGUUACAAGAAAAUCAUCAUCGAUGAUGAUGAAGCUGCUUACGCAGCACUUCAGGUAGGUGGCCCCGAGAAGGGCUGGCUCGCAUUUCAACCCUAUUAUGAUGAGCAGCUUGCCAAAACUAAUGGCAACUUUCUUCUUUAA